AUGGGUGGUAGGCCGGUGCGAAAGCCAGCCAGCACCGAGACAUUUACGACUGGCAACUGUGAAAAGAGUUACGAUCGGCACUUCCAAUCGGAGGACCUCACUCACUUUGCAGUGCAGUGCAGUGCUGUGCAGUGCAGUGCAGUGCAGUGCUGUGCAGUGCAGUGCAGUGCUGUGCAGUGCAGUGCAGUGCAGUGCAGUGCAGUGCAGUGCAGUGCAGUGCAGUGCAGUGCAGUGCAGUGCAGUGCAGUGCAGUGCAGUGCAGUGCAGUGCAGUGCAGUGCAGUGCAGUGCAGUGCAGUGCAGUGCAGUGCAGUGCAGUGCAGUGCUGUGCAGUGCAGUGCAGUGCAGUGCUGUGCAGUGCAGUGCAGUGCAGUGCUGUGCAGUGCAGUGCAGUGCAGUGCAGUGCAGUGCUGUGCAGUGCAGUGCAGUGCAGUGCAGUGCAGUGCAGUGCAGUGCAGUGCAGUGCAGUGCAGUGCAGUGCAGUCAUUUAACUCGCGUUAUAGAUUUGCCAGACGUCUGGUCUUGA